CGCUUUGUUGUCGCCAUCCUAGCUCGCGAGUUAAAUCUACCAUAUUAAAGCCAUUCUUUAGGGUAUGGAAGAUCUACUUCCUAUCACUGAAACUGAACAAGCUUUAUUCUGUGUUGAACUUAUGAAGCGGCUCAACAUGCAGAGGAAGUAAGGGCAGUUAUGCGACAUAACUUUGGUGACGAAAGAAGGCAAAGAGUUGAAUGCUCACAGAAAUGUGCUUUCCGCCGCAAGUCCGUUCUUUUGCAAGCUUCUUCAGAGCGAUAUGAAGGAGAAUAAAGAGGGAAUUGUUCGCUUUGAGGAGAUUUCGGGAUCCGUUGUGGAAGAUAUUCUUGAAUUUCUCUACACUGGAACUGUUGAAGUGACCGAGGAAAAUGCCGAAGAACUCGUCGCUGCAGCAAAUUAUCUACUACUACCGAGUUUGAAAGUUAUUUCCGGUCGAAUCAUAGAGCAGAAGAUGAACUACUCGAACUGCAUUUCAACUUUUUACCUAGCUGAGAAAUAUCAGUGCGACGAACUUUUAACCGGAAGCAAGAAUUUCAUCCAGGCAAAUUUUGCUUCUGUGGCAGUAAUGGAUGAGUUUUUGAGCUUGGAGUCUAAAGAAGUCGGAAGGUGGCUUUCAAGCGACGAAAUUACGGUGAAAGUAGAGGCUGAUGCGUUUGAAAUCAUGUUAAAGUGGAUUGAACACAACAGAAGCGAGCGGAAAGCAAAUUUGGAGGAAUUGUUUCGUCACGUUCGGCUGGACUUCUUAUCGCGUGACUACUUAAUUGAUGUCGUGACAAACGAACUUGUACAAGAAAACCCCAUUUGUUUAAAGAUGGGAUUAGAUGCGUUGAAGAAGACCACAUUUUCAAUUGAAGGAGAAAAACAACAAUCGCCGAGAAAAGGGGUCGAAACAAGCGCCAUUGUAACCAUUGGAGGAAAUUACACUCUUUGUUUUCUUCCUGAGAAGGACCAGUGGAAACGUUUAGCCGACAGACGGUCGUUUGGCAUUAACGAUAUUUAUUACAUUAUAAAAUUCCGAGAGCAGCUGUAUGCAUUUCGGAGUAACUAUGACAAUGCAGAGGGUUUUAAUCCAUUUUUAAACGCUUGGUCCACGUUAGACAUUUCUGCAAAUUACUCCCCGGUUGUUGCCGUUAAAGGGGAAAUCUACGCCGUCGAGGUUCAAACUUCUCCGGAACAAACCACAGUGAAAAAAUACAAUGUCGAAUCGUGUAUUUGGGAGACACUUCUCUCGUCUCUUGAAGGCUGUAGAGGGGAAGCUUGUCUUGUUGCAGCCGGCAGCCAUCUCUACGUGCUUGGUGGGAGACCUCCCUCGUCGUCACAAAACGUCGCGAAAGCUGAGAGAUUUGACACUGUGGAAAACAAAUGGGAGGAAAUCGCUGACAUGCGAGAAGAAAGAGGUAAUGCCUUUGGAGUGGUCAUGCAUGAGAAAAUCUUUGUCGCUGGUGGAUCGCAUAGAGAGAGAAAUUCAGUGUUGCAAACCUGUGAGGUGUAUAACAUCUCAACAAAUGAAUGGUACCUUACCGGAAGCUUGAUGGUUUCUCGCAAGGAAGGAAGUAUGGUUUGUCUGAAUGAAAAAUUGUACGUGUUGGGUGGAAGGAAUGACCGUAACGAGGCCGAACGGACGAUUGAAUGCUUUGAUCCUGAGGAGGGCAAAUGGAUCCACAAGACAAUCAUACCAGUAGAAAGGUUUGACAGAAGGAGUAACAUUUCAUUUACUGGCUGCGAACUGAAGCUUUCUAAGGGAGUACUGGACAAACUUAAAGUUAUCGGGGAGUAGUCUCUUAGACACUUAAUUUACGGAAUUAAUUUCAAUACGCUGGGAUUAUAAAUGGCACAAUAUGCUAUACUGACUUUAGUAUUUGUUACACAAAGUGAUGAACACAACAUAAAACCGCCAUGUUGUAAAUUCUAGUCUAAAUUCUAGUCAAUAUAAUCAAUAGGUUAAUUGUUACUAGUACCACCUUGACAACAUCACACUAUGAGGGGUAUCGAAUGGUCCCACUAAAUUUAAAAGUGCUCGCUAAAUUUGGCUUUUGCUCGAAUUGCUCGCAAAAAUUACAAGGGUGUUCUCUUGCUCAUGCUCGCAAUAUUUUUGCAACUGCUCGCAUGCCGCAUUCUCGUUAACAUGUGCUCGCGGAUUGCUCAAAAUUUCGUUAAUCCUGCUUUGUAGUUAUUUUUUAUUCAUACAUAAACGAUAAAUCAGUUGUGAUACUGUUACAACAAAAAGGUUGAAAAAUCCUUACCUUACAGUUCAGCCCGUAACUGUUUUGGAGGCGCUGUAUGUAUUAUCGGGGAAACGCACGAAGCUUCACGACAAUCAUUUCGUUUAUUGGUUUAUUCUUUAUCAUAUUUCAUCAUCGCAAGCUUUCUGCUUGAGAGGGGUUUAGUUCCGCAGUUCAAAUAUGUGAUCUUUCAUUUAUUCACUUCUUUCUUCACCAUCCAAGGGUAUAUUACGAACUCACAACGUAACCAGUUCCCAGUUGGCUUGAUAGCGCAGUUAGUAGGGUACUGCACCGGUAUUGCAGAGGUCAUGGGUUAUGAUCCCGUUCAGGCCUGAAUCUUUUUCAGGGUUUAAUUUCACAACUACUUAAGUUGUGUGUUUAACUGCAAUAUAUAAUCAAUCGUGUUCAUAGAAGUAGUGUCAUACAUACAUACAUACAUACAUACAUACAAACAUACAUACAUACAUACAAACAUACAUACAU